AUGGUAGAAACUAAGACAAUUCUCCUGAUUGGUCGCACCGGCCGAGGAAAAUCAGCCUUGGCUAAUGUAGUCACUAGCACCAAUAACUUUAAAGAGAAUGAGAGAAGCAUAAGUAUUGGAGAUACCCAGUUGCCAACGGAAAAAAUAUUAGACAUCGUUGCCGAAGCAGUAUAUUUAGUUAGAAAUGGGAUCAAUCAAGUUCUUUUUGUUACUAAUGGUCGAUUUGAACAAUAUGAAAUGGCUACUUAUAACUUGUUGAGAACAGUUAUUUUUGAUCAGGAUAUUACUAAACAUACCGCCGUAGUCCGCACUCGGUUUAAGGAUUUCAAAAACUCGAAGAAGUGUGAAAAUGAUAUUGCUUUAAUGAUUGAAAGGGGUGGCGAACUAGCAGAAAUAAUCAAGUCUUGCCAAGGCAGGGUUCUUCACGUUGAUAAUCCUCCAAUUUCCAUUGCUAGUGCUUAUAAUGAAAGUGAAAAGGAAAGAGAAAAUAGAGAAAAAAAAUUAGCCCUGCACAAAAAGUCAAGAGAUAAGUCUAAGGAGAAAAUUCUCUAUCACCUAAAAAAAACUUCUUCAGAGUCUUAUCGCCCCCCCAAGUUGCAAGAGUUAAGUGAGGAAAUUGUUAGUUAUAUGGAGAGCAAAAAAAGAUUAGAAAGAGAAUUGACAGAAAAAUUACAAGUGAAAAAAUUUAAGAGGCUGAAAGUUAAAAUAUGA